CCAAGCCCCUACUAAGUACUAACAAUACCAAUUCUUUCCCUGCAAUCCCCAAUUUCUAAAUUAAAUUCUAAACCCUUCUAUUAAAUUCCAUAUAAACCCUAGAAUCUAUUCUUCACUCCACUUUUUAAUUUCUUUUUUGAUUCUGACUUUUUUUUUUUUUAAUUUUGAUUUUCUCACACUUCCAUCAGUUCUGAAUUUCUGAUCAUCAAUUCAUCAUCUUCUUACUCUUCCUUUAAAUGGUUUUCUUCUGAUACAGUUUUUUAUUCCCUACAUUAAUAAGGAAGAAAAAAGGAAUCCAAACUCCUCCUUUUCUUCUCUCUAACAUAAUUUUAGUUUUUAUCCUCUUGUAAUUUAGUCAUCAUUCUCCUUUUACCCUUUUUGAUUUUUCUGGGUAUUGUCUUGUUGCAAUUUUCAUGGCUGCCGUUGCACAAAAUGUGGUGAAUUCUGAUGAUCAGUUCACUAAGAAUUGUAACUCAACUACUCAGAAUUCCGAGACUGACACUCAGAGUUGUGAUUCCAAAUCCGAAUUUCACAAAAACAUUAACGAACUUGCUGAAAUUUUAUCCAAAUUGAAUCCUUGGGCUAAGGAGUUUAUCCCUUCUUCUUAUCGUUUGAAGAUUGAUCAGUCGGUGCAAAACGAUUUUUCUGCCUUUAGUAAGAAUUCGAGCAAUGACAAUUUUUCUAAUAAUCGAAGGAGGAGGAAUAGCUUUAAUCAAGGGAACAGACGAGUGAAUGGGAGAUCGUUUCGUGCACAGCGGGAAGAAAGCAUUAGGCGCACUGUAUAUGUCUCUGAUAUCGACCAUCAGGUUACCGAAGAGCGUUUAGCUGCUUUGUUUAGUAAUUGUGGACAGGUUGUUGACUGCCGAAUAUGUGGUGAUCCUCAUUCGGUUCUUCGUUUUGCUUUUGUUGAGUUUGCUGAUGAGCGGAGCGCUAGAGCAGCCUUGAGCCUAGGUGGGACAAUGCUGGGAUACUAUCCAGUCAAGGUCUUGCCUUCUAAAACUGCCAUUCUCCCUGUGAAUCCUACGUUUCUCCCAAGGUCUGAAGAUGAAAGAGAAAUGUGCGCAAGAACUGUUUACUGUACAAAUAUUGAUAAAAAGGUUUCUCAGUUGGAGGUAAAAAAUUUCUUUGAAAGUGCUUGUGGUGAGGUAUCCCGUCUUAGGCUUUUGGGGGACAAUGUGCAUUCAACUCGCAUUGCUUUUGUUGAAUUCACAAUGGCUGAAAGUGCUAUUAUGGCCUUGAACUGCAGUGGGAUGAUUUUAGGAACUCAACCUGUCAGGGUGAGUCCUUCAAAGACACCAGUGAGGCCACGACUCGCUCGGCCAGCAUCAAAUUGAGCUAACACCCAUGUCCACUUUUUGUGGAUUGUGACGAAAUUGUAGUUAAUUGAAUUGAGAAAAGACCACCUUGUUGAAGGGAUGGUGAACAAGUUUGAAUUCCUUUGAUACCUCUCUUGUUUCGUUGACAAUAGUCAUCCCGUCAUACGUAUAGGGCCCUGCUCUGCUUCACUUGAAGUUUUUAUUGAGCUUAAGCUUUUAAUUUCUUAACUCAUUGCUCUUUGGCUCUUCCGUAAACUUUGUCAAGUUGAAAUUCUCAAUCGCUCGUUAACUCGUGUAUUGUUUGGGGAGAGAAUUGUUAGGGUUUGGUGGGUCAGAAUUUGAUCCUGAAGCAUCCUCGAACGUGAGCAUACAGUUUAAAUGCAAUCCCUCGUGAGUUUGUUUAAGUCGCCCUCAAGCUUAGAGCAUCAAGUUUAAUCGCAAUCCCCCUUGAGUUUGGAUUAAGGUGUUGUGAUGGUUCUAAAAAAGUAUGAUGAUUGUUGUUCACUUUAGUUUCUCGCAUGAAUAAAGAAAUAUCAACCCUUGAGACUA